AACGAAACAAAAUCCUUUUUCUUACUUAACAAAAUCCAUUUACCAACAUAAACAAAACUAAAUACUCCGUAAUACGGAGUAGAAGAAACGCAGUCGAUCCCAGUGCAGCGUUGAUGGUACGCCUGGUAGGCGCCAAACUCCAUGGAAAGGCUUCAAGAAUUCUGGUAACUUCAUUCGCAUGAAGAUCGAGCUCUGAGGUCAACACAGUUGAUUGAGAUAUUAUAUCUCCAAUUACUUCUCUCUUUCAUUAGCUGGUUAUACGAGUUCUCCUUUCUGGGUGGUUUUAAUAGGGUUGUAGUGUUUUCUGGAGAAAGUUUACCCAGACCCGAUUGAAUUAUCAAUUAUUGUAUUGGGGGAUCCAUUUUCACCGACCUGCUUUGGGCGCUAUUGAGUAAAAGUUGAAGAAUUUGCCAGCAUUAUUGGUUCUUGGUUCAGAAAGGGUUAUACUUUUCUUUGGACUAUCUAAAUAUUAACGAGGGCAUCUCAUUUUUUUCUGCUUCCCAACCAUUAUCUUCUUGUCCAGAACGUCAGAUGCUCUAAUUGAUAAAAAAAAGCUUAAGUAUAGUGUGCUGUUGAAUAGGAUGACUGGAUGGUUGCCUUUUCCUCCUUUUUUCUUGGAGUUACAGUGAAUUUGGUGGAACUCAUUUGAUUAAGAUCUUAUUAUGUCUUGGUAUUGGUUUGCAUCAUAUGGGCUGAGGAAUCUAUUGGAUUGAAACAAACAGAAGUUUGAGAAAUCAAGAGGGAAAUGUCUUCAUCAAGAUCAGGCACAAACAGGACAAGUUCUGCUCGUUCGAGACAUGAUGCUCUUGUUGUUUCUCAGACACCAAUUGAUGCUAAGCUCCAUGUCGACUUUGAGGAGUCUGAGGAAAAAUUCGAUUAUACAACUUCAAUCAGUUUAUCAAAUACUACCGAUAUCCCUACCUCAACGGUCUCUGCUUAUCUCCAGAAAAUUCAAAGAGGAGGUCUCAUACAACCAUUUGGCUGCUUAGUAGCCAUUGAUGAUAAGAACCUUGCUAUUAUAGGGUAUAGCGAAAAUACUCCAGAAUUGCUUGAUUUGGCACCAUGUACUGUUCCAAGCAUUGAACAGCAGGAGUGUCUGACCAUUGGCACUGACAUUAGGACUCUAUUUCUUUCAGCAGGGUCUGCUGCACUUCAAAAGGCGGCAAGCUUUGAGGAAGUCGGUUUGACCAAUCCGGUUCUGGUCUACUCGAGAAAUUCCGGGAAGCCCUUCUAUGCAAUCCUACAUCGAGUCGAUGUUGGCAUAGUUAUAGAUUUGGAGCCUGUGGAUCCCAAAGAUCUCCCCAUGACGGCUAUUGGAGCAUUGGAAUCAUAUAAAUUAGCAUCCAAAGCCAUUUCCAGGUUGCAAUCGUUUCCAAGUGGGGAUAUACAACUGCUGUGUGAUGUUCUUGUUAGGGAAAUGACGGAUUUAACAGGUUAUGAUCGGGUCAUGGUUUAUAAAUUCCAUGAGGACGGACAUGGGGAAGUUGUCUCAGAAUGCUGCAGCAAACCAGACCUUGAACCUUAUCUUGGGUUGCAUUACCCGUCCACUGAUAUACCGCAAGCUUCGAGAGUUCUUUUCAUGAAAAACAAGGUCAGAAUGAUAUGUGAUUGCUUAGCUCCAUCAGUUAAAGUGAUCCAAGACAAGAAGUUGGCUGAACCGUUAAGCUUGUGUGGGUCCACGUUAAGGGCUCCACAUGCUUGCCAUGCACAAUACAUGGCCAACAUGGGGUCUGUUGCAUCUUUAGCAAUGUCCGUGACGAUCGAUGAGGACAGUGACGAGCCAGGUUUUGAAGAUCAAGAAAAGGGAAGAAAACUUUGGGGAUUGGUGGUUUGCCAUCACUCAACCCCACGGUUUGUCCCAUUCCCAUUGAGGUACGCGUGCGAGUUUUUGGUCCAGGUUUUCAGUUCUCAGAUCAACAAGGAAGUGGAGGUGGUGGCGCGCCGUCAGGAAAAACAUAUUAUGCGAAUCCAAACGGUACUUUGUGACAUGCUACUCAGAGAUUCCCCCGUUGGGAUUGUCACCAAGUCUCCUAAUAUUAUGGAUCUUGUGAGAUGUGACGGGGCGGCUCUUUACUACAAGGGCAAAGUUUGGUUGCUUGGGUCCACCCCGACCGAGCCCGAAAUUUGUGACAUAGCCAACUGGCUACUCGACUCUCAUAGAGAUAGUACGGGGUUAAGCACCGAUAGCCUUGUGGAAGCUGGCUAUAACAAUGCCUCUACUCUCAGUGAUUCAGUCUGUGGAAUGGCUGCCGUUAAAAUAUCUUCCAAAGAUUUUCUCUUUUGGUUUAGAUCUCACACGGCAAAAGCAAUCAAGUGGGGUGGUGCCAAAAACAACCCCACAGAUAUGGAUGACGAGAGUAAAAUGCAUCCAAGAUCUUCCUUCAAGGCUUUCCUGGAGGUGGUUAAGAGGAGUCUACCAUGGGAAGAUAUGGAAAUGGAUGCGAUUCAUUCCUUGCAGCUAAUAUUAAGAGGGUCAUUGCAAGAAGAUGGUUCUAAGAUGAUUGUGAGUGUAUCUCCUGCUGCUGUUGACCUUACCAGUAUACAGAGGGUCCAUGAGCUUCAUUUCGUGACACAUGAAAUGGUCCGUCUUAUUGAGACUGCAUCUAUACCCAUUUUGGCUGUUGAUGCUUUCGGUUGUGUCAACGGGUGGAAUGUCAAAGUGGCCGAGCUUACCGGAUUGGUUGUAGGACAGGCUAUAGGUGUGCCCUUAGUUGAUCUGGUUCUCAAAGAGGCUGUUGGCACCGUUUCAAAUGCUCUCUCACUUGCUUUGCAAGGCAAAGAGGAGAAAAAUGUUGAAAUCAGACUAAAAAAGUUUGAUUCGCUAGAAAACGAUGAUCCUGUCACUCUGGUAGCGAAUGCCUGUUCGAGCCGGGACAGAAAAGGAAAUAUUAUCGGAGUGUGUUUUGUAGGACAAGAUGUAACUGGAGAGAAGCUGAUUAUGGACAAAUAUAACCUUAUACAAGGUGAUUAUGUUCGGAUAUUACAUAGCCCUUCUCCAUUAAUCCCUCCAAUCUUUUUAAUGGACGAGUAUGGCAGAUGCUUGGAAUGGAACGACGCAAUGCAGAAAUUGACUGGAUUGAAAAGAGAAGAGGCCAUCGGUCAAAUGAUUCUUGGUGAAGUCUUCACAGUGAGCAGCUUCGGUUGUAGAGUCAAAGAUAACGACAUGUUGACAAAACUCAUGAUAUUGCUGAACGGAGUAAUUUCUGGACAGGAUUUACAGGAAUUGAUAUUUGGGUUUUUUGAUGAGAAAAAUAAAUACAUCGAAGCUUUAAUAUCAGCUAAUAGAAGAGUUGAUGUGGCAGGGAGGAUUAGUGGGGUCCUUUGUUUUUUACACGUUCCCAGCCCAGAACUACAGCAUGCAAUUCAUGUGCAAAAAUUGUGUGAGCAAGCAGCUGCAGAUGGCCUAAAAAAGUUGGCAUAUCUUCGUCAUGAAAUUAGAAAUCCAUUAAAUGGUAUAAAAUUCAUUCAGAAUAUGAUGAGAUCUUCUGACCUAAGCAAGGAUCAAUCUCUGCUUCUGAAGACUAGUAUGGCGUGCCAAGAACAACUGGACAAGAUCAUUGAUGAUACCAAUAUUGAAAGUAUUGAGGAAUGCUAUAUGGAAAUGAACUGUUGCAAGUUCAAUCUUGGUGAGGCUAUGAAAGCGGUGGUAAAUCAAGCUAUGAUUCCAAGCAGGGAGUGGCAGGUGGAGGUCAUGUGUGAUUUUCCCAUUGAAGCAUCUUCCUUGUUCCUGUUUGGAGACAAUUUGAGGAUUCAACAAGUGCUCUCUGACUUCUUGAUGGCCACUCUACUCUUCACACCCCAUUUCGAAGAUUCAUCUGUCUUGUUUAGAAUUAUUCCUACCAGGAAGCCUUUAGGGACCAAAAUGCAUCUAGUGCAUCUCGAGUUUCGGAUGACACAUCCAGCCCCAGGUGUUCCAGAAGAGCUAAUCCAGGAAAUGUUCAAGAAAAGUGAAAGCAUGUCGAGGGAGGGUCUUGGUUUGUAUAUAAGCCAGAAACUUGUUCGAAUUAUGAAUGGCACCGUACAGUAUGUACGAGAGGCAGAGAGAUCUUCCUUCGCAAUCUUUGUAGAAUUUCCAGUAGCAUAACAAUCAGAAAAUUUAUAUUAUUAUUAUUAUUGUUAUUGUUAUUUUGGUGUGUUACGAUUUGCUUGAGAACUAGAAUGAACGCGAUAAAAAGAUGCAGGAAUGGGAUUCAGAAGUAACACCUCUCGGUUGCUGUUAAUUAAACUUCUUCUGAGUGAUGAUUCAAAAGAGUUGGAAUAGCUAUAGCAAUGGGGGAUAAAGAAUCAGAUGUCUUAAAGGUAUGAUAUUAGACUAUGAGCCCGUUUGGUAGCGCAAAGCUAUGCUGAGUGUCCUUAAUUAUGAGAUAACUAUAUUAUAUAGAUCUACAUUUUAAAGAGGGAAAAAUAAUUAAAAUACUUCAAACUUUGAAGGUGUGUGAGAUAAACACCCCAAACUUUCAUAUGUAAUUUAAACACCCCAAACUUUAUAUAAAAAAAUAUUUUAGCACCAUGGUCAUGUUUAAACAAGAAAUAAUCUAGUCUAAAUGAAUAUUUGAAUAGGGAAUCAAGCAAUACCGAAUCAAUUAUGGAAUAAUUAACAAAGGAAGUAAAUUAAUAUGUGUUGAUGAAGAAGAAAGAUCUUCGUAGUAUGCUUUUGUUUUACAGAAUAUAUUUCUAGUAUCUUGGUAAUCGAAUGCUCACCAUAUGUUCUACAAUAGGAAUAAUCUAAUGUAUUUAUGCAGCAAAAAGCUACCCUUUCCCCAUGUUUAGGAACCGAGUGCUAUCUUUACGCGCCGUCCUCUUACUUUCAGUUCUGCGUGGACUCCUUCUUCGGUCCUAUCAUUAAUUUAAAAUAUCCCUUGAUUAGAUGGACCGCACUUGGUUAGCUUAUGGGCUGGGCAUACCUCCUGCGAGUUGUACUCUUUUGUCGGGCUAGUCAAAAGAGAAUUAUUUAAGGCCCAACAGUUGCCCCCAUUCGUGAUGGUGACGAUUAGUUCGCGGGUAAACAUAGUCGUCAUUACGAAUUUAAACUCUUCCGUCGUUCGACUUGCUCCACUCUUCCCGAUGUCUUCUCAACCCUCGAAUCUCGUCCUUCAACAUCUGAAAUUUCCCAAAUUUCUCUCUUCCAUGGAACAUGCCGUCUUCAAGAGCCAAGGUGUCUUCGAGAUGAAAAACCUUAGGGCGGCCGAUUUGCGGACAAAGGACUUGGAGGAGAUUAAGUCUUUAUACGGGUUCCCUCCCUCUGCUCAUAUUCGAUUUCCAUCCCGUGGGGAACGAGUCGACUGGAUUUCUCCGGGGUGGCUUAACUUUUACCAAUAUCCCUUUGAAAAGCUUGGAGUUCGUUUCCCUUUCUCUGAACUUGUAAGUGGUUUCAUCAUUCGUGCUCAGCUUCCCCCCUGUCAAAUUAUGCCUCAGGCUUGGCGACUUCAUCGCUCCUUAGAGUAUUUGAUUGAGAAACACGGUCUUCAAUAUUAUGCGGAAGAUCUAAGCUAUACAUACGAUUUAAGAACUUCCAGAAAGGGACAAUUUACCCUUGUGACGAAAGCAGGAGCGGAUCCCAUUAUUUUGGGGAUUAGUGGUGCCAAUGAUCAAGGCUGGAUCUCCAAGUUCUUUUUUGUCGAGAAGUCUUCUUUAGGUGAACACAUGAACUCAUUCCCAGACCGCUUGAGAGUCGUUGGUAAACCCUUGAACGAAGCGAAAACGAAGGAAAAAGAGGCAAAUGUGGGAGAGAAAGAAGCGAAGACGAUGCCUAUGGAGUUUGGUCCCCAUUCUAAAGAAAGGACUAUCACAUUCCUGGCUCUAUCCCCUGAAAUUCGUCUUUAUGCAAAUCUUAAAAAAGAAUUUAGAGGUAUCGUUGUUUAUUCUCCUUCUGUGAAUCCAAUUCGUGUUGGGUUAAGGCGUUCUGCCCGGAACAUGUCUAAGUCCCCUGGUUCAUGUCAAGAUGUCUCAGUUGUGUCAGUUGAUAGCACUGGUAAUGGUGAAGAUGCUACUGCAAGUGUUACUGAUGAUGUUUCCAUUAUGCCUGCUGCAACGAAUGUGCCUCAGUGAUGUGUAAUGCCCCCCAUAUCACCUCUCUGAAGCCUUCUGCUGGUGCCUCAUCCUCAUCAGGAGUCCGCAAGGCUCUGGAUCGUGCUGAACUCUUGAACCUGAAAUCCAAGAAGAAAAAGAUGACGCCUCUGCUUCCUCUGGCGGUCAACCCUAUUACAACCACGACUUGCUCGCUUCCUCCAACUACGCCAUGUACAAGUGUUGAUUUGAAAAAGGCAACUAUUAGAGCUGACCUCUCCGCCAAUUUUUGUCGACCGGAUAAUGCCCUGGAAAUGAAGAAUGAAAUGACUCAGAUGUUGCUUCCUUCUGCAAUUGAUGCCUUCACUGGUUUCGAUGACUAUCUAAUGUCGUCGUUUGUAUUUCACGUUCAAUCUGGUGCCUUGGGUACGCCUGACUUUGAUGUUGUCAGCGUUUGUGAUGUACGAUAUGUCUAUUGUUUUGGCCAAAACAUACAAGGUGCAUAGGUUUGAUUUUCGUAUUCUCCAUACGGCGAGCCUAUGCAAUCCUUGUUAUCCCUUGUUGAUGUGAUCAAGGAGUGUGUUAGCAACUUUAGAAGAGCUGAUUGAUGUUGUCAGCUAUCAGUGGAGUUGACAUGUACAUGUUGUCAAAAUCUUGUGCCUGUUCAUACCGUAGCAAUCUGGUUGUUGGCUUUAAGCCAACGGCCCUCCGAUGCUAAAGUCAGUAAUCGUGAAUUGAUAAAUAUGUAAAAAAAAUAUGGUUUUAAACAUCUUUAAAGUGAUUGUGAAGUUGUUAACAAAGUAGAUGUUAUUUUUACUUAAUGUUUCAAAAGAAAUGAGGUGCCCUUUUUAUUUGUCAAAGUGAGCGAGUAAAUUAAGAUAAUAUUGAAAUGAGGAAUGAGCAAAUUGUUGUCACAUACCUCGCCCAUGUCUUGUUCAUUUGCCUUUUUGUUAAUUUACUUGUGCAAAAUGAUAAAUAUUUCAGGAAUGAGACAAAAUAUUUCGGCCGUGGGAAAUGGAUCUUAUGGCAAAAUAAUUAUCAUUUUCAUUAAACAAACCUGAAAGGCAAACGCAGAUGAAGCUGUCAAAACUUUGACGUCAUCGAAACCAGCGAAGGCAUCAAUUGCAGAAGGAAGCAACAUCUGAGUCAUUUCAUUCUUCAUUUUCAGGGCAUUAUCCAGUCGACAAAAAUUGGCGGAGAGGUUAGCUCUAAUAGUUGCCUUUUCCACAUCAACACUUGUACAUGGCGUAGUGGGAAGAAGCGAGCAGGUCGUGGUUGCAAUAGGGUUGACCGCCGGAGGAAGCAGAGGCGUCAUCUUUUUCUUCUUGGAUUUCAGGUUCAAGAGUUCAGCAGGAUCCAGAGCCUUGCGGACUCCUGAUGAGGAUGAGGCACCUAAACAAUUGAAAAUAUUAAGACAUCAUGCACACCUAUAAAGCUAUAGGUAGGGAUAACUCAGUUAGGUACUUACUAGCAGAAGGCUUCAGAGAGGUGAUAUGGGGGGCAUUACGCAUCACUGGGGCACAUUCGGUUGCAGCAGGCAUAAUGGAAACAUCAUCAGUAACACUUGCAGUAUCAUCUUCACCAUUAUCAGUGUUAUCAACUGAGACAUCUUGACGUGAACCAGGGGAAUUAGACAUGUUCCAAGCAGAACGCCUUAACCCAACACGAAUUGGAUUCACAGAAGGAGAAUAAACAACGAUACCUCUAAAUUCUUUUUUAAGAUUUGCAUAUAGACGAAUUUCAGGGGAUAGAGCCAGGAAUGCGAUAGUCCUUUCUUCAGAGUGGGGACCAAACUCCAGAGUUCGCUUCUUUCUCUCCCACAUUUGCCUCUUUUUCCUUCGUUUUCGCUUCGUUCACUAAGAAAACAUGAUGAACAUAAAGACACACUCAAAAGCGGCUAAAAAAAGGAAAGAAUAAAUGAGAAAACAUACAAGGUUUACCAACGACUCUCAAGCGGUCUGGGAAGGAGUUCAUGUGUUCACCUAAAGAAGACUUCUUUACAAAAAAGAACUUGGAGAUCCAGCCUCGAUCAUUGGCACCACUAAUCCCCAAAAUAAUGGGAUUCGCUCCUGCUUUCGUCACAAGGGUAAACCGUCCCUUUCCGGAAGUUCUUAAAUCGUAUGUAUAGCUUAGAUCUUCCGCAGAAUAUUGAAGACUGUGUUUCUCAAUCAAAUACUCUAAGGAGCGAAGAAGUCGCCAAGCCUGAGGCAUAAUUUGACAGGAGAAAAGCUGAGCACGAAUGAUGAAACCACUUACAAGUUCAGAGAAAGGGAAACGAACUCCAAGCUUUUCAAAGGGAUAUUGGUAAAAGUUAAGCCACCCCGGAGAAAUCCAGUCGACUCGUUCCCCACGGGCUGGAAAUCGGAUAUGAGCAGAGGGAGGGAACCCGUAUGAAGACUUAACCUCUCCUCCAAGUCCUUUGUCCACAAAUCGGCCGCCCUAAGGUUCUUCAUCUCGAAGACACCUUGACUCUUGAAGACGGCAAGUUACAUGGAUGCAAUGGAAGAGAGAAAUUUGGGAAAUUUCAUAUGCUAAAGGACGAGAUUCGAGGGUUGAGAAGAAAGAGGGGCUAAAUCGCGUUUGGCAAUAAAAGGUGUCUCUUUUUACGAGAGGUUAAGGCAGACAUCGGGAAGAGUGGAGCAAGUCGAAUAGACGGAAGAGUUUAAAUUCGUAAUGAUGACUAUGUUUACCCGCGAACUAAUCCUCACCAUCACGAAUGGGGGCAACUGUUGGGCCCUAAAUAAUUCUCUUUUGACUAGCCCGGCAAAAGAGUAAGACUCGCAGGAGGUAUGCCUAGCCCGGCAAAAGAGUAAAACUCGCAGGAGGUAUGCCUAGCCCAUAACCUAACCAAGUGUGGUCCAGCUAAUCAAGGGAUAUUUUAAAUUAAUGAUAGAGCCGAAGGAGUCCACGCACAACUGAAAGUAAGAGGACGGGGCGUAAAGAUAGCAUUCGGUUCCUAAACUUGGGGAAAGGGUAGCUUUUUGCUGCAUAAAUACAUUAGACCAUUCCCAAUGUAGAACAUAUGGUGAGCAUUCGAUUACCAAGAUACUAGAAAUAUAUUCUGUAAAACAAAAGCAUACUACGAAGAUCUUUCUAUCAGCACAUAUUAAUUUACUUUCUUGGUUAAUUAUUCCAUAUUGAAUUCGGUAUUGCUUGAUUCCCUAUUCAAAUAUUCAUUUAGACUAGAUUAUUUCUUGUUUAAACAUGACUAUGGUGCUAAAAUAUUUUUUUAUCUAAAGUUUGGGGUGUUUAAAUUACAUAUGAAAGUUUGGGGUGUUUAUCUCACACACCUUCAAAGUUUGAAGUAUUUUAAUUAUUUUUCCCUUUUUAAAAUGUAGAUCUAUAUAAUAUAAUUAUCUCAUAAUUAAGGACACUCAGCACAGCUUUGCGUUACCAAACGGGCUCAUAGUCUAAUACCAUACCUUUAGGACAUCUGAUUCUUUAUCCCCCAUUGGUAAUCGAAUGCUCACCAUAUGUUCUACAAUGGGAAUAGUCUAAUGUAUUUAUGCAGCAAAAAGCUACCCUUUCCCCAAGUUUAGUGACCGAAUGCUAUCUUUACGCCCUGUCCUCUUACUUUCAGGUGUGUGUGGACUCCUUCGGCUCUAUCUUUACUUUAAAAUUUAAAAUAUCCCUUGAUUAGGUGGACCGCAUUUGGUUAGCUUAUGGGCUGGGCAUACCUCCUACAAGUUUUACUCUUUUGCCGGGCUAGUCAAAAGAGAAUUAUUUAGGGCCCAACAUGUCAUAUAUUAAUUCUUUCAAAAAUGUAAAUUUAUGGUGUUCAUUGUAUAAUUUAAAUAACAAAUUAAAAAUGUUGCAAUUAUAUA